AUGCCGCAGCAGAACGGCGGUUGGUCGGUGGAAGCGCAGCGGGGGACGACGAAGCAGCCGGCGGCGGCGCGGCGGGGGCGGCACGGCGCGGUGCUGGUGCUGGUGCUGGUGCUGCUGCUCCGCGUGGGCGCGCUGUGCGCCUCCGCGGCCUCGGCCGCGCUCGCCGCCUCCUCCGCCACGCUCCGGCGCGCGCCGUUCCGGUUCCUGCUGGCGGCCGACGCCAUCGUGGCGGUGUACUCGGCGUUCGAGGCCGCCGCCGCCGCGUGGGAGGUGGCCAGGGGCGCCACGCUGCUCCCGGAGGCCAUGCAGCUCUGGUUCGACUUCGCCCACGACCAGGGCUUCGGCUACAUGGCGCUGGCGGCGGCGGCCACGGCGGCGCGUGACGCGGCGGGGUGCGGCGGAGGGCGGGACGAAGGGUGGACGACGAGCGGGGGCAGCGGGGCCGCCCUGGCAGCGGCGUGCGUGCGGGCCGACGUCGCGGUGGGGCUCGGCUUCGCGGGGUUCGCCUUCCUGGCUCUCGCCGCGCUCGUCACCGGCUUCCGCGUCGCCUGCUUCCUCGCCACCGGCUCCCGGUUCUCGCCGCCGCCGCCACCGGCCUCCUACUGA